AGGGAGGCGGACGUUCACACAGACAUAGCCGGCCGGGCGGGAGCGGGAUAUAUCGGUCGGUGUACCGGGAGUUCGGGAGCCGCAUGGCAGCCUGGGAGACACGAACCACGAAAAUAUGCAUCAGUUUGGCCCAGCCUUGGAAUUGAUAAAUUGGAAGUGUAGGUGAAGUCAGACUGAGACUUUCUCUGCCUUAACGACAUCAAGGAUCUGAAUCCAAAGAAACGGAGGACUUUGCAUUUGUUGCGUCCCCACGCAGUUCCUUUUCCAGCUAUUCUGUAGUCUGGUCAAGUCAUUUAAACCUAGUGAGGAAACAAUUUUUUUGAAGAAUGGAGGAUCAAUUUGGAAUCUUAAUAUUGGGGACCUUCCUCCUCCUUUCAGUCAGUGUUCAAGGGCAAAGCCUGGACAUCAUGCCACACAGACCGGCGAUGAAGUCGAACUCCGAUUCCAGGAAGCAGGAGAAUGGAGUGACUCUGGCUCCCGAGGACACCCUCCCAUUCCUACACUGUUACUGCUCUGGUUACUGCCCGGAAGACGCCAUAAACAAUACAUGCAUGACAAAUGGUCACUGCUUUGCAAUUAUUGAAGAUGAUGAACAUGGAGAAGCCGUAUUGUCAUCCGGCUGUAUGAAGCUUGAAGGGUCUGAUUUUCAGUGCAAGGAUUCUCCCAAAGCCCAGAAACGGAGGACAAUUGAGUGCUGCCGAACUGACUUUUGCAAUAGGGACUUGCAACCUACGUUGGCCCCUAUUAUUCAAGGUGGCGUGUUUAGUAGAAGUGUGCACCUCAUUGCCCUCGUGAUAUCCAUUGCCGUCUGUUUAUUGAUCACGGUGGUCAUUAUCUUCCUCGCCUGUAUCUACAAACAUAAAUAUAAAUCACAGAGGAUGUUUUAUAAUCGUGACUUGGAACAGGACGAAGCAUUUAUACCAUGUGGGGAGUCAUUAAAGGCUCUUAUUGACCUUUCUCAAAGCUCUGGUAGUGGGUCUGGACUCCCUCUGCUGGUGCAGCGUACCAUAGCCAAGCAAAUCCAGAUGGUGCGGCAGAUUGGGAAGGGAAGGUACGGAGAAGUUUGGAUGGGCAAGUGGAGAGGAGAGAAGGUUGCUGUCAAAGUGUUCUUCACCGCAGAGGAAGCCAGCUGGUUCCGGGAGACCGAGAUCUAUCAAACAGUCCUCAUGCGUCACGAGAACAUCCUGGGUUUUAUAGCAGCUGACAUUAAAGGGACGGGCUCAUGGACCCAGAUGUACCUGAUAACAGAAUACCAUGAAAAUGGGUCUUUGUAUGAUUUUCUAAAGUGUGCUACGCUUGAUACACGGUCUCUGCUCAAACUGGCAUAUUCAACUGCCUGUGGACUGUGCCACCUGCACACUGAAAUCUACGGCACCAAGGGGAAGCCGGCUAUUGCCCACCGAGACCUGAAAAGCAAGAACAUUCUGAUCAAAGAAAACUGGACUUGCUGUAUUGCUGACCUGGGACUGGCUGUUAAAUUUAACAGUGACACACAUGAAGUUGAUAUACCAUUGAACACUCGCGUUGGCACAAAACGUUAUAUGGCUCCCGAGGUUCUGGACGAGAGUCUGAAUAAGAACCAUUUCCAGGCUUACAUCAUGGCCGAUAUCUAUAGCUUCAGCUUGAUCAUCUGGGAAAUGACCCGUCGUUGCAUCUCUGGCGGUAUUGUUGAGGAAUAUCAGUUGCCAUAUUAUGACAUGGUGCCAAGUGACCCAUCGUUUGAGGAUAUGAGAGAGGUGGUGUGCAUCAAAUGCCUACGGCCUACAGUGUCAAACAGAUGGAACAGUGACGAGUGCUUGAGAGCAGUCCUAAAACUAAUGGCAGAAUGUUGGGCUCAAAAUCCAGCAUCACGUCUCACAGCUUUGAGGAUCAAGAAGACUCUUGCAAAGAUGGUCGAGUCCCAGGACGUCAAAAUUUGACACCGGAUGGCUGGGACCAGCAGAGUCAGGACUCUGAGACUAGAGGGAGUGCAAAAGGAGGAUAGCUGAGGCUUCCAGCCUACCUCCCCAACGCAUUUUGCAGGCUGCUAAAUGGGCUUGUUUCAGUACAGUCUAGAUUAUUGUGCUGGGGCCCUGUGCGUACUCAAGAACAGAUUUACGUUUUUAUUUUUUAUUAACACUUUGCGCUGACAUAUAUGGUCCUGGUGAAUGAGUACUGAAAUGCAUGUUCAGAAUAUUUUGCUUUCUAUGAAAGCAGCACUCAAGAUAAAGGCUUUUUAAAAUCCCAUUUUACCCUGGUGAGAAUUGGAGACGUCCAUGAGUAAUUAGCUGGGCUUCGCAGUGGAAUUUAUCCAGAAUCGGAACAAGUCGAAUUUGCCUUUUCUCUCACCUGUAUGCAGGAGAACUUUGGGUUCCGUUGUGCCAGAAUUCAUAAUUUGCCUUUUUGCCACCAUUUUAUUUUUUUUGAAAAUCAUGGUGAUUUUUUUUUUUUUUUUUAAUCUAGUGAUCGAAAAUGCAAAAUAUGUAAUCUGUGGUUAAGUUUGCAUAUUUCCACGUAAUAGACAGCAUUCUCUUUUUUUUUUUUUCUUCCUAACGGACAUUGUACAGCGACAGUAUCCAGAUGUAGACACAGACUUCAGCUCGUGAACAGUGGGAAAUGUUCCAGCGCACAGGUUCCAGCACAAGUUGUCAGUCUUGACUGCUUGCGUUUACAGUGGUUAUUUUAUAUCUUUUUUUUUUUUAUGAAGUCCUACAGUUAAAGAAAAAAAUUAAACUCGAAGUGUCUUGGAGCUACUCUCAUUUGAGUUUUAAAACCGCUCUGUAUUUAUAGCCAAGUUUCUAAUACUUAUUACAAGUUGGUGCCAUGUUCCCACAGAUGUAUACUUCCUGGUUCUGUGUGUCCUUGUACAACAAUAAUAUGUUUAGUGUAUACCGGUAUGUGCAGUUCUAAAGAAGCUGUGUAAUGACCGUGUAUGUCAAUAUGUAAGCUCAUACAUUGCAUACAGGAAGCUAUUGUAACAGCACAUUGGUACUGCUUAUUAAAUCUAAC